GAGCAGAAAGCGCCUCCCUGAAGGUUUCUCCUCCGCAGUCUUGCCAGCCAAGACGCGGGCACUCACCUUGGGGAGCCAUGGCCCUUCUCAUCCAGGAGCUCUUCCUCGUGGCCGCAGAUUUAAUGUUCGCUUCGGUGCUCUCCUGUGUCUUUUAUGCGGUGGGCUGCCUCGUGGUCCCUGGCCUCAUUGGCUAUGUGGUCCUCCUCUCCUGUGGCCCUGGGGCCGUGAAGAAAGCCAAGAGGAACAUCUCCAAGAGGAAGGAAGCUGUACUGAGCAGGACGUCUAACAGCUGGGCUGGACAGGCGGUUGGCAAAAUCCUGGCCUUGGUUGGGUUAAGAGGGACGGCUCCGGGCCCAUCAGAACUGGAACCCGUUCAGGAGGAGGAAGGCGCUUGGAACCUUAACGUGAACCAACUCCCAGCUGGUGAGAAGAAAUGCCAGAAGGUCGUGAAGACUCUGACGGGCGGCCGUCUGUCUGGGACAGGGACGUCCUGUGGGAUGAAGAGGCGGUCAGGCACAAUCUGGAAUAAGGAGAGAGAAGCAUCAGAAGCAGAGGAACCCAAAGCGCCUGUGGACCAGAAGGAAGUGUCCACGAUACCCGCUUUCCUUCUUUCCCUCCUCUUUGCUCCAUCGGACUGGUGCCUGAAGAAAAGACACGUCCAGCGGCUCACUGCUCUGCUAGCCACCCUGAAGAAAUCUAGGGACUGACAGGGGGCACACCCUGCAUAUGCACCUCCCUCACAGAGACCAAAAGGAAUAUUUGAUGUGGGUGUACGUGCAGAACAAAUCCAGGACAUCUGGAUCAAGAUUUUGAACAUCUGGGUGAUUAGAGAAGCAGGCUUGUAUGAAGACAAACAGGUUGUUGUAAAUGCAUGGCUCAGUCUGGGAUCUUUUCUGGAGACAUGAUCCCUUCUGAAAGAAACAAGAUGGACAAAAGUUCUUUAGCGUGAAUUUGGCCCUGAUAAUGAGGCCUUGUUUAGCACACUAAAAAUGCAAUCUUAUGCAGAGUCAGUCCAGCCUAAGCCCACCGACCUCAGUGAGCAUAAACUGGAAGAACUCCACUUAGAGUUGCACUGGGACUCUGUCUUAUUCCAUUGCGGUUUGACUCUGAUGUGAGGCAGUUUUCCAGGCCUCAGGUAGUGAGGUCUUCUUUAUCAUCAUCUACUUGAUUGUCUAAACCGGAGAUGCUGGGGACUGAAGUACUGCUGGGAACAUAUUUAGGGCUGGUCCCUGGCUCAGUGGUAGAGCAUCCACUCUGCAUGAGGUCAAAAUGGACGGUCCACCACGGAGCCAUGGCCCACCCCCUAAAUAUGCUGGAAGAGGCAAUGUUGAGUGUACAGAGAAGAAAAGAAGACCCAGAAGGGGGCAGCAAGGAAUGCUCCCUCUAAGCUGUGGAG